AUGGGCCCGAUUUCUGGCAGGAUAAAGCCCGUUUGGGUGAGGUCGGCGAGGAAACAGACCAUUGGCCCGUACCGAAGAUAUUUCUACACGGCUUCAGCACGACUCCAUGCCCAGACAGCAAGCCCCAUCACGCUCCGAUGCGCGCAGAUAUUUGAGCAGUCGAGGUCGAAUGCAGGGCCUGGUUCCCUGGAUAACAAGGAGGUGCGUGUACAGGGCCAUAUCAGGUUCCUAAGGAAGCAAAAGCGCUUUGCAUUUGCGCAAAUUUCGGACGGAACGUCCCUUCAACCGAUCCAGGCAGUCUUGACGCCAGAACAAGCAACCAACUUAACUCAGGGUGCAGCAGUUGAAAUUUCAGGGAUAUGGCAGCCAACUCCUCCAGGUAAACUACAAUCCCACGAGCUUCAGACAACAAAGGUCAAAAUAUUAGGAGAGGCAGAUCCUGCAACGUACCCCAUUCAGAAGAAAUUCCAUACACCAGAUUUCCUCCGCCAGCUACCACAUCUACGCUUACGUACACCGUUCAAUUCUCUUCUCUCUCGACUUAGAUCGGAGUUCAUAUAUCAAUUGACUGAAGAAUUCCGUUCCCAUCGUAACCAAAAUUUUGUUCAAGUUCAGCCACCGCUAAUUACGUCCUCAGAUUGCGAGGGCGCAGGGGAAGUGUUCAGCCUCAAGCCGCGUGAUGCUAUCACUGAAGAGGGUAAAGUGAUUGAGUUUUUCAGGUCGCCUAAAUAUCUUACCGUCUCGUCACAAUUACAUCUCGAGGCAUAUGCCCGCGGAGUUGGGGCUGAGAAGAGUGAUACACCACGCCACUUGAGCGAAUUCUACAUGCUAGAGGUGGAAAUGAGCUAUUUAGAUUCCCUCGAGCCGCUCACUAGCUUCGUCGAGACUCUUAUUCGAAACAUAACCCGGAGAGUUUAUCAAACUCCUGUGGCACAAGAGCUUUUUGGCCUUAGAGAAACAGAUGACCUUACAAAAGAUACCAUCCAGGUGGACCUUGAAAAAAGGUGGACGGCUUUGAUAGAAGGUACUAGUUGGCCACGCAUCACCUAUUCCCACGCAAUUAAACAUCUUCAGAACGCUGUCAGUACAGGCCGAGCAAAAUUUGACUUCUCUCCAUCCUGGUCAGGGGGCUUGCAGCUCGAACAUGAAAAGUUCCUUGUUGAUACGAUUGGCAAAGGCUUGCCUAUUUUUGUUACUGACUACCCUAAGGCUGUCAAGCCUUUCUAUAUGCUGCCUUCUGGCGAGCCGCCUAACGAAAAUGGAGAGACGGUUGCAUGUUUUGACCUCCUUCUCCCGGAGAUAUGUGAAGUCGUUGGCGGGUCACUACGUGAACAUAGGCUUUCACCGCUCAUCCAAAAUAUGCGUGAGCACGGCUUGUUAAAGCUGCGAAAUUCAACGCCUGAUCCUACCUUUGCUGUUGACGCCAAGGCGCCCUAUCCCUAUCUUCUCGCUAACGAAGAAUUGGGCUCUAUCCAGUGGUACGCAGACCUACGAAGGUGGGGGACUGUACCACAUGGCGGGUUUGGACUUGGCUUUGAUCGCUUUAUCGGGUAUUUGGCUGGUGUAUCCAGUCUCAGAGACCUUGUGCCAUUCCCCAGGCAUUUUGGAAGGGCGGAUUGCUAA